CCUAUUAGUUUGUUUACACUUUACAUUCAAACACAAACAAUAACGAUGGAUUCCCAAAUAUUCAAUGCCAACGUCAGUGCCUCCGACCUAGACGAGGAAACCAAAAAAAAACUAAAAGGAGACACCAUAGGCGAUACCCUAUACAGUGAAUCAUUUGUCUUAAAAACCUUGAUGACCCUCACAUCAACGAAACUUGAACUUACCGAGGACCUGGAGCAAGAUUUGUGUUUCCUAUGGGACAUGACCGUGGAAAAGGACGUUUGCGAGUACUUAUUCGAUGUUAAAUACCCCUCAAUUGUUUGUGAGGUUUUGCCUGCAUGUGAGGAGGCUAGACUCAUUGAAAUCCUUAUAGGAACAUUGGCGAACACCUUACUGGCAGACUGCGAUAAAAGCAUCAGUGAGAGUGAGGUAGAAACGGUCUUAAAGGAGUUUGAAACGAGUGAUUCGGCGGUUUUAGUGCAGCUGAUGCGGUUCCUGGAGGCUCUGGCCCAUGGGGCUCCACAUUUAGUGAAUUUACUGGAUGAAAACCGUUUUAUAUUCAUAUUAAACUACUCGGAGAAUGAGGAGCUGAUUACUCAAACUAUAAGGACUUUAGUGAGGGUCACCAAGGGGUUUAAUUUAAGUGAGGUUAAGUUGAGUGUGGAGCUCGUUAUGGCCACCAUGGAAGGCUUUAAAACAGUGUUUUUGUUGUCAAGUGAUUUGGAUAAUAAGGAGAGCAAGGCGGGCGUUAAGACGUUUUUGGUUUUGAUGGCAAAUUAUUGUGCUUAUGCCCAACAGUUUCAUAAAGAGGAUGUUUGCAGUUGUAUAAGUGAUAGUGAGGUUAUUAGAGAUGUGCUUAGUGAGGUUAUAAAGUAUUUUAGUGAGGAGACUAAUCUGUUUCCGGUGACUGAUGAUUUUUGUGAUUGCAUCAGUAGUUUUAAUGUGAUUAUUAGUACUGGGGGGGUUUCGAUGGUGUCCUCUGAGUUGUUUAAAGAAAUUUUCUUAAAUUUAUUGCAAAUUUUUCAUUAUUUGCAUAAGGCGAGACAAGAGUGUGUCGAUAGUUUUAAUGUUGUCUUAGAACUUUUGGGUUUAACGUUUCAUAUUCUUGAUCAAGAAAUUGUUUUAAAUGAACUGAAACAUGUGCCCUACAAGAGAGGGAUUGUUGUGCUAAACUGCUUAAAAGAGAAUUCAAGGACUUUUGACUUUGAUAUUUGCGAUAAGUUAAAGUUCAUGUAUGCUAAUUUUAAAUAAAACUUCCAUUAAAUACA